CACCACCACCACGGCAACCGGCCAUCCGCCUACAUCUCCAUACUACUUCUCCCUCCGCCGCCGCUGCCGCCUCCGUCGGACAUACUCCCAGACGCCACGCUCGCCUUCGCUGCUCCUCCUACUCCGACUCAGAAAUGGAGGCCAGUGCUAGCACUGCUUUGUAUCCUGUGCACCGAUGCAAAACCAUAUACCUGGUCAGGCAUGCUCAGGGUGUUCACAAUGUGGAAGGCGAGAAGGAUCAUAGCGCGUACAUGUCACCUGCGCUGCUUGAUGCCCAGCUUACCCCUUUGGGCUGGAGCCAAGUUGAUUGCCUGCGAGAGCAUGUGACAAAAUGUGGACUAGCAAAAAAGGUUGAGUUGGUUAUUGUUUCGCCUCUACUGAGGACUAUGCAAACUGCAGUGGGAGUCUUUGGUGGUGGAAACUAUGCUGAUGGAGCAAGUGCAUCACCAUUAAUGGUAGAAGGUGCUGGACACAGUGGACGUCCAGCGAUUUCAAGUUCAAACUGUCCGCCGUUUCUUGCAGUUGAGGCCUGCAGGGAGCACUUGGGUGUUCAUCCCUGUGACAAGAGGAGCAGCAUAACAAAAUACCGUACUCUCUUUCCUGCCAUUGAUUUUUCCUUGAUAGAGAAUGAUGAAGAUGUUCUCUGGGUACCUGAUGUCAGAGAAGCAAAUGAGUCUGUUGCUGCUAGGGGCAUGAAGUUCCUUGACUGGUUAUGGACAAGAGACGAGAAAGAGAUAGCUAUUGUCACCCAUAGUGGUUUCUUAUUUCACACCUUAAACAAGUAUGGUAAAGAGUGUCAUCCAACCGUAGCAGAGGAACUGGGCAAGCACUUUAACAACUGUGAGCUCCGGUCAAUGGUGCUGGUCGACAGAAGCAUGCUUGGAUCAGAUACCCCUACAUGUAAUUUCCCUGGGAAGAUACCGGCUGGGCUUGAUCUGCCUAGCGAUGUCGCGGACAAGAAGCACGCCGAGAAUGGUCAAGUUUGAAUCGACUGAAAUUGAAGUGAAGAUAAGCAGCAUCUGCGGAUAGGACUUGUUGUCUGUAGCUCUGAAGGCAGGGUUGUGCAAUUUGAUGCGAGGGGAGAGAGGGGGGGUUGAGAUAGGGUCAGGGGAAGGACAAAGUCGACACAAUUUGUUAUGUUAUUUUUGUCUGAACACGUACCCAAAUUUCUGGGAAUAAAGAUCAUUCAUAUGUGUCCUCUUUCUGAACGAGGAUUGCAGCUA